CGUCGUACGUCUCGUGCCUAGGUUCAUAACACACACACACGCAACAGCAGCAAUUGGCGUCGUUCGACGCACAUUAUGUCCGCCCACUUCGACGGGGGUGCGGAGAUCGCCGGACGGAGGCUCCGAGAGGUGGAGGUCUCGUACGUGGAUGACCCGACGCUCGACAUGGGCGCCGAGGACUCGGACGAUUGCCCGGCCUCACCGCCGCCGACCUACUACCUCCGCGUCCGCGAGGAGAACACGAGGAGGUCUACGGGAGGCGGCAGCGGUGGGAAUCGUGAUGAUGAUGCCGAGAGCAAUGGUGGACGGGCGGAGCAGGAGCAGGGCGAAGGGGGGGCUAAGGGCGAAGACGACACCGACAAGGACGCAAACAACAACAACAACAACAACAACAACAAUAGUUUAGACAGAGGGGCGAGGAAGAAGAAAAGAGCGAAGGACAAGGGUGGUAAGAAGGCGUGGGCUUGGCGGUACGUGAACGUGGAAAAGAAGAAACUCCUGGUUUGGGACAGGCGGGGUGGGCGACUGCUGAGGUCGAUCUCUCUCAGGGAUAUCGAGUCCCUCCUGGUGAUUCCGGACGAGGGCGCGCCGGCCAGCAUUCUCGAGGUGUACAUUUCUUCCCCUUCCAACAGUGGUGGCGCAAGCAACGGUACUGUCACCGGCGACGGCAGCGAGAACAGUCCCAUCGAAGGCGCCGGGGAUGAAGGGGAAGAGGAAGCGCAGCGCGCACGACGCCGGCGGCAACAAGAGAGCGGGGAGGGGGAAAGUGCUGGCGGGGGCGUUCUUGUCCUUCAGGCGCGGUCGAGGAGGGAGACGUUGCUGUGGGCCAAAGUGCUCCAGGAGAACGUCGAGCUCAUGACGAAGCGCCAGGUACCGUUGGAGAACAGGGACGAGGAGACAAGUCUCAGCGAUGUCCAACAGCUCGCAAAGCUCUUGACGCACCAGCUGUCAGAACUCCAGGACAGCGGUAUCAACAACAGCAAGAACGACAACAACAAGCAGAGUAACAACAACCAGAGCGACAGCAAAGUCAACACCAGCAGUCCCGAAGCGCCCAAGCACCGCUUGGGCUUGUUCGGAGCGGACUCCUCGAUUCCCGAAGGCGCAGAUUACGGCACCACGCCGGAGAGCUAGCUCGAUCAGAGCGAGUGGAAGUGGAGGAGGAGAUCAAAGGAGGUGUGUGCGGUAAGGUAGCUGGCUCCAGGCGGACGGGCACCUUGUCCCACGCCCGCUCGCUGUGGUCGCAACGUAUCGGUGGAGACAGGGGAGAGCAGUGGAUGUAUUGUGUAAAGGGUUUUGUAUUGGUAUGAGGCGUGUGCCGAGGGGGCCGGACGGAGCACGAACUAAUGAUGUAACUUUUACGGGAUUUUAUUGGUGUUUUCUACAUUGGAAAUGUUUUUUUGGCCGGGAAAACACACUCGUCUCCAGGGAGCGAUGUGCGUUGUUUCUUAUGGGUGCACACGCACGCCCUGCCUGCCCAUGGGAUUACAUAGUCACUCUACGGCACAACACUUAAGCAUUCACCGGUGGUUGGGGGGGGAGACCCUCCACUCCGCGCCGCAAGUCCAUCUAGAUGCUAUUGUGUGGUGGCGGCAAAUAUAGAAAUGUCAAUGGGCUGAAUCCUUGCCGUUCGCAGAGAAUACCCGGGGCGACCAAGCGCCGCCGCAGAGAGAUGCUCGAGUUUUUGAGGGCAGGAGGAGUGUGAGGAGUGGAGUGGUUUGGAAACCACUGGGAGAGGAAGCAGUCCUUCUCUUCCGUGCGACCGACCCCGGUUGUGACCGUGUUAUUUUUUUUUUCAGUUGCCGGCGACGAAAGACCGCAGCGUUGGUUGCAGAGGCGGGGGGGCGUAUGGGGGAGGUAACGAAAGUAACCGCGUGUUUUUGUUCAGUGUCAGGGACACGAGAAUGCAGCGUUGGUUGGAGAGACGCGAGGGGGGGGGGGCUUGUUGGGGGCGUGGUGGAAGUUGCCGCAGCGCUAUACAAUGCCCCCCCGACCCUGUGUCGUCCGAGGAGACCCUCUGUUCUCCGAGGAGCCAGCCACUCUGUUGUUCGGAAAGCCUUACCACAGUGGUCCGUGGGAAAGUCGUCGUUUCGUGGGGACAAAUCGACAGCAGUUGGUGGCCACGAGAGCAGCAGUCCCUCCGGUUGUCAACAUGUGUUGCGGAACACGGAGCGUUCUCUCGUUGUGUUACAGAGCGCGACGCAUUCUGCCAAAGUGUGUUGAGUCUUGUGAGAAAGGAACGGAACGCUACCCUUGGGACCUGGACGACCAAGAUGCGGGGUUGCGUGUACGUGUAUACCGUUCACACGAUGUAAGACGGCACACACCCUGGACCGAUUUUUCAAGCUCGAUCACUCGGCAGAAAAGCGGUGACUGUGCUGGCAAUGGUGGUCUGUGUUCCCCCCCCCUCUCGCCGAAAAGGGGAUAUGGCUCGCACCUUGUACGCAAGACUCGAGAGUGGAAUCAAGGUAGCGUGGCACACGGCCUCACCCCCUUCCUAUACGUGUUUUUUGGGACGAAUACUUGUGUGUCUCGCCCAAGGGUCAUCGCAGCAUGGCCCUGAGCCAGGCGGCGGAAUAUACGUAGUAGCUGUCUGCGGCAAUAGAAGAGUUUCUUGAUCGCUAUGAACAAGAUGUGGACAGAACCCAUCGCAAACUCUAUCGGCGCAGCAAAGCGGUUCUUUGCACUCUCAGGCGAAGAUUGAAACCAUUUCUUGAUGGGCUUUCUGACAGUACGCCUCUUGAAUGGGCUAUUUUCCCGUCACCUCUCUUGAAAGUUUACUGCUAUAGCAAGUGGCGGUAAUUAGCAAUAAAUAGCGACUACUGUAGGGAGGAGUUCCUCUCGCUCCUUCGUGGUGGCAAUCCAAGAGUCUCCACCUCGGCAGCCGCGGAAAUGUUGGCCGCAUGCAUGGUCAGCAAAAAAUCAAAACAUUCUUACAUACUUCUCCAGCCUAUCGCUCUAUCAAUAUGGCUCUCUCCUCCUUUUCGGCGUUGUUACGAUGCCCGGGAGCUCUGCAGCCUUGCCGUUGUUGUCAACAUCUCCGACUGCCGGCGGUCGC